AUGCAACAAGCAACGGGGAACGAACUACUGGGUAUCCUAGAUUUGGAUAACGACAUAGACUUCGAGACUGCCUAUCAGAUGCUGAGCAGCAACUUCGAUGACCAGCUGCCAGCACACGUGCACGAAAGCACAUUCAGCGCUGCGUCCCCCCCUCUCUUAGCGCACGAGCUCGGCAUGAUUCCCAACGUGGCAACUGUGCAGCCUUCUCACGUGGAGGCAUUACCGAUCAAUCCUCAAAUUCACCAUCAUUCUCCAAUCCCGCACACAGGUUACCUGAACCAUACCUCUCAGCAAGCGAGCAUGGGAUUUGACCAUGCUCUUGGUCCCAAACUGUCACCAUCUAGUUCCGGACUGUUGAGCACGAACGAGUCGAAUGCCAUUGAACAAUUUUUGGACAAUCUCAUCUCGCAGGACAUGAUGUCUUCUGGUACUUCGGUGAGUCCUGAUGUAAAUCCUCAUACAAAAUCGCCGAAGAAGCAGCAUAGGUACAUAGAAACAAACCAAAGAUACAUGGAAACAGCUCCGCGUAAUCACGUAAGAGAGUUGCCUGCAAACAUAGCACAAUUGCCAAGUGAAUUCUCUACAGCAGCGGAACACCAACCUACUAACAGCACUCACUACAGCCCUCCACCCUUUUCGGUUCCCGAAAUAAAAAUCCCAGAUUCUGAGAUUCCAGCUAACAUCGGAGACGACCCUGUGAAGAUAAGAAAAUGGAAACACGUUCAAAUGGAGAAGAUACGAAGGGUGAACACCAAGGAAGCAUUUGAACGACUGAUUAAGUCAGUAAAGACUCCACCAAAAGAAAAUGGGAAAAGAAUCCCGAAACAUAUUCUACUGACUUGCGUAAUGAACGAUAUCAGGUCAAUUUCGAACGCAAACGAGACACUACAACAUAUACUGGACAACUCAUGA